AUGGCACAAUCUUACAAUCUCAAUGCUGCUAUCCACAUUCGCAAUUCCACGAUCCACAAUCUCAAUGCUACUAUCCACAUUCUCAAAUCCACUAUCCACAAUCUAAAUGCUACUAUCCACAUUCUCAAAUCCACUAUCCGCAAUCUCAAUGCUACUAUCCACAUUCGCAAAUCCACUAUCCACAAUCUCAAUGCUACUACCCACAUUCGCAAAUCCACUAUCCAAAAUCUCAAUUCUACUGUCCACUAUCUCAAUUCCGCUAUCCACAAACUCAAUACAGCUAUCCACAAUCUUAAUAGAGAAAUCCACAAUCAUGAUGUUGCUAUCCUGAUAUCGUUAACCAUUGACCUACCCUCUCCCAGUGACCUACCCUCUCCCAGUGACCUCCCCUCUCCCAGUGACCUACCCUCUCCCAGUGACCUCCCCUCCUCUCCCAGUGACCUCCCCUCCUCUCCCAGUGACCUACCCUCUCCCAGUGACCUACCCUCUCCCAGUGACCUACCCUCUCCCAGUGACCUACCCUCUCCCAGUGACCUACCCUCUCCCAGUGACCUACCCUCUCCCAGUGACCUACCCUCUCCCAGUGACCUACCCUCUCCCAGUGACCUACCCUCUCCCAGUGACCUACCCUCUCCCAAUUACCUACCCUCUCCCAAUUACCUACCCUCUCCCAGUGACCUCCCCUCUCCCAGUGACCUACCCUCUCCCAGUGACCUACCCUCUCCCAGUGACCUACCCUCUCCCAGUGACCUACCCUCUCCCAGUGACCUCCCCUCUCCCAGUGACCUACCCUCUCCCAGUGACCUCCCCUCUCCCAGUGACCUACCCUCUCCCAGUGACCUACCCUCUCCCAGUGACCUACUCUCUCCCAGUGACCUACUCUCUCCCAGUGACCUCCCUCUCUCUGGUGCCGUCAAGCCAAUUUAUGCAAAGCUAAAGCCACUUUCAGCUUUGAGAUCCAUACGUCUUUGGUCUGACUCCCGAAAAAGAACAACAGUAUUAAAAAACUAUAAACAACAAUCUAUCUAA